AAUAAUUCAGAGCGGCGGCGGCGGCGGCAGCGGCGGUUGCGGGCAGGAGGUGGCGGCAGCAGUGGGAGCGAGCAGCAGCGGCUAUGCAUCCAAGUGCGGCUGGGCAGCCGCGGCACCCCUGAGGCCCGGGCGGGGCUCCGGGAACACAGCGCGGAGGGGACGCUCGUCCCAGAGUGCGAGGAAGAGCUGUAGUGUCCAGAGCGGCGGCGGCGGAGCUGCGCACGGAGCUGAGGAGGGGGCUUCGGAGAGGAACUGGGACGGGGGGGGCGGCUGGCGCGAGCAGCCCCGGGGGUGGGGGGCGGGGUGGGCGCCGGAGGCGCGAUGCUGGGCGCCGUAGAGCUGCUGCUGCUGGGGGCUGCGUGGCUGGCGGGCCCGGCCCGCGGGCAGAAUGAGACGGAGCCCAUCGUGCUGGAGGGCAAGUGCCUGGUGGUGUGCGACUCCAACCCCACGUCCGACCCUACGGGCACAGCCCUGGGCAUCUCUGUGCGCUCCGGCAGCGCCAAGGUGGCUUUCUCUGCCAUCAGGAGCACCAACCACGAGCCGUCCGAGAUGAGUAAUCGCACCAUGAUCAUCUACUUCGACCAGGUACUAGUGAACAUUGGGAGCAACUUUGAUUCAGAACGCAGCACUUUCAUCGCCCCGCGAAAAGGGAUCUACAGUUUUAACUUCCACGUGGUAAAAGUCUACAACAGACAGACCAUACAGGUGAGCCUCAUGCUAAACGGGUGGCCGGUGAUUUCAGCCUUCGCUGGUGACCAGGACGUGACCCGGGAGGCCGCCAGCAACGGAGUCCUAAUCCAAAUGGAGAAAGGCGACCGAGCAUACCUCAAGCUGGAGCGGGGAAACUUGAUGGGGGGCUGGAAGUACUCGACCUUCUCCGGAUUCCUCGUGUUUCCUCUCUGACUGGCUCAUAGCCUGAAGGGAGGCGGGGAGAGGGCGAAGGCAGAAAGGGGAGUGAAAAAGAGGCUGAAAUUAAGAGGGAGAGAAAGCAGCACGACUUGAAACUUCCUACAUGUUCUCUAACUGUAUCUGGGUAAAAAGGUGCGCGCCAGCGGUGGGACAACUUUGUCCAUUUCCUUAUUAGGAGACAUAAAUUUCGCUUAGCUCUGCGCACUCCCGUUUCCAAAAAUAAACUCGCCUCCCCCAUUCCAGUUGCAGUAAUCAAGAAAGAGACGGCCUUGUCGUUGUUUCUUAUCCCCCAACUUCAUGUUCCCUGCAAUUUAUUUAAAGAAACUUUGUAUUUCACUACAUAAUCUCAAAUAUUUCUCCCUAGCCCCCUCUGAAUCCUUCUGCCUACUGAAAUCUAAUAUAUU